AUGUCUGGAAGGCUGUGGUGCAAGGCCAUUUUUGCUGGCUACAAGCGAGUCCUCCGGAACCAAAGAGAGCACAUGGCUCCUCUUAAAAUUGAAGGUGUUUAUGCCCGAGAUGAAACUGAGUUCUACUCAGGGAAGAGGUGUGCUUAUGUGUACAAAGCACAAAACAAUACAGUGACUCCCGGAGGCAAACCAAACAAAACCCGAGUGAUCUGGGGAAAAGUAACUCGAGCCCAUGGAAACAGUGGCAUGGUUCGUGCCAAAUUCCGAAGCAACCUUCCUGCAAAGGCCAUUGGACACGGAAUCCGUGUGAUGCUGUACCCAUCCCGGAUUUAAACUAAUGGAGAGUAAAUAAAUAAAAGUUAAAAAAAAAGAAACAAUAGAGUACACAGUCCAGAAACAGUGAAUGGGAACAUAGAGAAGAGCUGCCCUACAUCAGCCCUAGCUUAUGGGGAGAUUGACAGAGCAAAGCCUGUACUCAAGCCAUGCCUGGGAAUGUGCUCUGGGGAAUAAGCUUUUGUUAGGACAACAGGAGGAAGGGCACGGUCAGGGACAGCUGAAGGUGCUGGAGUGUUUUCUGCUCACAGACCGUAAGUUCUGGAGCACACGAUGGUGGGAAAGGAAGUUUAGGAGAUUGAGUGACAUUAGGAUACAUACUGAGCAGAGGAGGAACCCAGCUCGCUCUGUGAUCAUGGGCAUCUGGGGCACUUGGCUUUGGAGGAGGGCCCAAGUGGGUAGAACUGUAAGGCUGCUGGAAUUUGGCACUGUAGUCUCUUGGGAAAAGCUAGGCUCAAGAUGGACUCAUAUUUGAAGUAGAUGGUAGCCAAGAGGGCAGGGCGAGGUAGUUAGUGUUUUUUGCAAAAGUGGACUAGACCUAAACCAAGGAUCAAGAGUAGACUCUCAGGUGUUGCCAGAUUCUGCCAGUAAGAUAAAUAAUAAGCAGGCUGUGUUAGGACAGUGGGAGCCAGUCACUGCCUAGAUCCCCAAUAUACAAAUACCCCAGGGAGCCUGCACAAGUGCUGACUCUGAUCUGGUAGCUUUAGUGAAGAGCCUGAGGUGUUGCUUUUCUGAUGUUUCCCCGAAGUGGUAAUCUUGUUGCGAGUCUGCACCAUACUUUAAGUAAUAAGAGCUAGAGAGCCUGCAGAUCUGAGAACGAGAAUACUCUGAAUCAUAAAGUACCUAAUGACUAUCUGCUCUUCUGUCAUGAGAAGGAAGAAUUAAGAUUGUCUUCUCUUCUGAUUGCUAGGGAAAUCCCUGAAAGCUGAACAGAAUGGGAGAUGUCCCACUUAAAACAUGGGUAACUGAAAUGCUGCAAAAGUGUGUGGAACAAGGACUGGAGAGAUGGCUCAGUGGUUAAGAGCACUGGCUGCUUUUCCAGAGUUCAAUUCCCAGCACCCACACGCUGGCUCACAACCAUCUGUAAUGAGAUCUGAUGCCCUCUUCUGCUGUGUCACAGUGCACUCAUAUACAUAAAAUUAAAAAAAAAAAGAAUGUGGAACAAACAGGCACAGGGGUUGACUUUCAU